CCACCUUCCCUCCCACUCCACUGGGCCGCGAGGAAGUCGCAAGAUGGCUGAUGUCGCUUGGAAGUAAUGUUCCCCUCUACAACAUGAAGCCGUGAGUGUGGACGAAAGCGAGGGAGGCACCAUCGGGCUUUUAUUUUUAUUUUCUUUUAGUUACUUUUAUUUUAUUUCUUCAAACAUCCAUCUCAUUCCGCGUCGUGUCCACCCCGGACUUGUCUUCGGGAGUUGACGCGUCAAAAUCACGUCGGGGACCCUGCCAGCAGCUAACGGCUAGCCACACCGUUAGCAAAUAUCAGCAGAGCUCGUCAGUCAGUCAGUCAGGCACACAGCUAGCUAGUUAGUUCGUUUUUUUUAAAUACAGUCUGUCGCCGACGAGCCAUUGAGCUACAACAGCGUGCUUGCUGACAUUUAGCCCGAGGUGUAAAUGCGGAAUAAAUUUGCACAUAUUUAAUCUACAACUACUUAAGAAGCUGCUUGGUUUAACAUCAUGUCGGCAAAGUGGCCAUCCAGCCUGUGGGUUGCUAACUAAUGCGCAGUAUCGAUACAGUUCCAUGUGCACAAACCAGCGGGAUCAUUAUUUUGCUGACAUUUUACAGUAGUAUCCACCAAACAGCUGCAUUCCCGCGACCUGUUGUCAAUUACAUUUCGGAAGCUAGUUAUGUUAAAUCCAAAUUAUGGGAGCAGGAAAUCUGUUGAACUUUUUUUUGGCUGUAGUUAGCUGCACUGGCCUUGUUGGCAUCUCACCAAAAAUCCACAGGGAUGGACACUAAGCAGAGCAGCCACGACCAAAACUAAAUAAAUUGGCUUUUUUCUUAAUUAUCCGAGAACACGCGUCGUUAGCUGACAGGGUUGCACAUCAGUGCGCGGCGACUCAUUUCAGCAGUUUGAGAGGCGGAUAAGUAGUUCAGCAGGGUUAACUAAAGUACAGUUAGUCUACACCGAGACCAGUUAGCUUGCCGUAAGUGCACAGCUAGCUGCAGUCUCGCCCCACAUCACAUUACAAACACGGCGUACAGAACGUAUUCAGAGCCCGCUCCCGGCCAGACGCACCGGCUCAACAACACCGUCAUGGGAGUGCAGGGUUUUCAAGAGUAUUUAGAGAAGCGGUGUCCCGGGGCCACUGUCCCGGUGGACCUUCUGAAGCUCGCCCGUACCGCGGCCCGUCAGCCCCCUCAUCACCACCAUCCACACCACCACCCACAUCACCCCGGGCCCAUGCCUCCCCCGCCCCCGCCAGCCAGGAUCCUCAUCGAUGCUGACUCCGGCCUGCAGCGCCUCUACGGCGGUUAUCAGACGGACUGGGUGUGCGGGGGCGAGUGGAACGCCAUGCUUGGUUACCUGGCCGCCCUGUCACAGGCCUGCCUGUAUCAGGGUGGCCUGGAGCUGGUCGUGGUUUUCAACGGCACAUUGGGAAAGGAGCGCUGGCCAGAGUGGGCGCGGCGAGCUCAGGGCCAGCGACAGACGGCGCAGCUGAUAGUCAACCACGUCGGCAGCAAGGCCACCCCGCCUCCCCGAGCAUGGUUCCUGCCCCCGGCUUGCCUCAGUCACUGCGUCCGCCUCGCCAUGUUCCGCUUCCGAGUGCGGGUUGUACAGACAUUGGAGGACCACCACCAGGAAGUGCUGUCUCUUUACAGAGACUAUGGUUUUGCUGGUCUGAUUGCUCAGGAUUCUGAGUUUGCCCUCUGCAACGUACCCGCCUACUUCUCCUCACACGCGCUCAAACUGAGCUGGAAUGGCAAGAACUUGACCACACACCAAUAUCUGCUGUCUGAAGCCGCCAGGCAGCUCGGGCUAAAGACACAGCAUCUACCCUGCUUUGCUGCUCUGCUUGGAAAUCAUAUUCUGCCUGAUGAGGACCUGGCUGCCUUCCACUGGAGUCUGCUGGGACCAGAACACCCACUAGCUUCUCUCAAGGUGCGAGCUCAUCAGUUGGUGCUCCCGCCCUGUGAGGUGGUGAUCAAGGCUGUCUCUGAGUACGUCUCCUCCAUCAAAGACCUGGGAAACCUCGACGCCAUUGCCAGAGAUGUUUUCAAACAGUCACAGUCUCGUAUGGAGGACAAGGUGGAGCGGUUCAAGAAAGCUGUGGAAUAUUUUUCCGCUGCCCCCAAACCACGUUCACCCAGCAUGGGCCCCUCCUCCUUCAUCUUACCUGGGUUUGGACCCAAUCCAUUUGGGGGACCACCCGGCCACAUGGGGAUGCCGCCUGGAAAGAAUCAGUUCCCUCCCCCCCAGGUUCCAGGGUUAAAACCACCCUAUCAAAAUGCUCCAUAUGGACCUGGCCCUGCCCCUCUGUUCCAGAAUCCCCCGCCACCAUCUCAAGACUGCAAUGACACGCUGACGGGCAAGAUGGGCUUCACAGACUGGUCAGCUCCAUAUGAUUCCACAGGGGGUAGUCGGUUACCCAAUCAUCACACCCGGGUCAGUCUGGUCUCUCCCCCCUCGUCAUCAGAUGGAGAUGAACCCAAUGACAGCAACGCAAGCCAUUUGACGGACAAGCCCUCUCGGUGGGAGGAUCCUGCUGGAAGGGGUGGUUCAGCCUCUGGAGAGGGUACCCAAGGUAACGGCAGCGGGUCAAACAUUCCGUCACUGCUGUCUAUGGCGACGCGGAGUCACAUGGACAUAACCACACCCCCUCUGCCUCAGGUCAGUGCUGAGGUUCUUCGCGUAGCCGAACACAGACACAGAAGAGGACUGAUGUACCCCCAGAUUUACCACAUAUUGACCAAGGGUGAGAUGAAGAUGCCAGUGUGUAUAGAGGAUGAGUGUAAUUCAGAGCUGCCUCCUGCCUCGCUGCUGUUCCGUGCUGCCAGACAAUAUGCCUACGGUGUCCUCUUCAGUCUGGCUGAAACACAUCGCCGCCUGGAGAGGCUAGCCUUACGAAAGAGGGCUCCCCUGGAAGUUCCUCCUGUGAUUGUCAAAGAGUGGAGCAGUGGUAAGGCAAAGUCUGCCCUGACUCCAGAGCUGGUUCCGGCCCUGUGUUUUAGGGAGUGGACCUGCCCUAACCUGCGACGACUGUGGUUGGGUCGUGCCAGUGAGGACCGCUCCAGGAGAACCAGGGCCUUCCUGGCCUGCCUUCGCUCCGACUGCCCAGCUCUUCUCAACCCAGCACAGGUUCCACAGCAUCUGCUGCUCAUGUGCUGCGUGCUCAGGUAUAUGAUGCAGUGGCCUGGAGGUAGGAUCCUCCAGAGACAUGAAUUGGAUGCCUUCCUGGCCCAAGCAGUUUCCAGCCAGCUCUAUGAACCCGACCAGCUACAGGAGCUCAAGGUGGAGAAGGUGGAUGCCCGUGGCGUGCAGCUAGCUGCUCUCUUUAUGGCUGGUGUUGACACAGCACUGUUCAUCAAUGAUGUUUGUGGCCAACCGUUGCCAUGGGAACACUGUUGUCCCUGGGGAUUCUUUGACGGAAAACUGUUCCAGAGCAAACUGGCACGGGCCUCCCGUGACCGGUCUGCCCUGCUUGACAUGUGUGAGGGACAGGAGGAGCUGGUGUCUAAGGUUGAGAAGAUGCGUCAGGCGAUCCUUGAAGGAAUCAAUCUGUCUCGUCCUCCUCCCCCUCCUCCUCCUCUUCCACCUCCCGCCUUCUUACCCCCUGCCAUGGUUCCUCCUUUCUACCCCAUGCCUCCUCUAUACCCACCUCGCCCCAUGGGUGGCAUGCCCCCACAUCAUCACCCUCACCAUCCACAUCACCAUGCCCAGCACAGACCCAGAGCCUUCCCAGGCAUUCAGUCCAUCCCCCCUCAGGGAGGAAAAUUGGAGAUAGCUGGCAUGGUGGUUGGCCAGUGGGCUGGGAACAAACCAAUCCGCGGGAGAGGGGGGUUCAACAUGCAAGUGGUGUCAGUAGGAGCUGGUAAAGGGAGAGGUAAAGAGAUCCCAGCAAAAUUAAAGGGAGGGAAAAAGACGCCUACCAACAGAACACAGACGUCACCCCCUCCAGUCAGCAGCAGUCCCCCAAAGUCUUCAGAGGAGGCGGACUCCACAUCAGAGCUUUCAACUCAGCAGCUGAACGGCAGCUCAGCGACCUCCGCCAUUGGCCAGUCCUUGGAGCUGGCCCCCCUGGCCCAGCCAAUCCCGUGUGCCUUAGCCAGCAGAGACAACCAAUCAGAGGGGGUGGAAGUGGAGGCCCCCUGUUGCCUUGACGACUGCCCGUCAGAUGGAGCGCUACAGAAGGAGGAGUAAUGGCAUCCUUCCCGGGAUGUACUGAGAGUUAUCUGUGUUUGACUGCCUUUCCCUGUUUUUGUAGCCCCACAUGCUAGCUGUGCAUGUCCUCACAUGGAGCAGGAGAUGAAGCGAGGCUCCUCCUCCUCUCUCCUGCUCCAUGUGAACAGCUGAAGCAGUUAGCCGUCACUCCCUUUUAAGUUUCUCAUGUGGUUUUACAUUGUUCUACGAAGAGAGGUUUUAUCCAUUGGUCUGUAAGCGCCCUACCCCUUGAAAAAAAUCCUAAAUGCCUCUUUCCCGCACUCAAAGUAAAAAUAAGCUUGAAGCCCCACCCCCCCAUGACCCACCAUUUUAAACAAGGCCCCUCUUAAGUAUGGUUAUCUGUACAGUUAAAGAUUCUUAUUUUAUGUUCUAAAGGUCCUGUUAUUGGAAUCUCUGCACACAGGUUUUAAGCUUGCGGUUACGGUGACAAAUUGGAUGCGGUUUCCAUGGUUACAGCGUCUAGGCCCGGUUGCCAUCGGUAGUUGCGUGUUGAUGCGGUUUGUUGCCAUAGCCAUCUGGCGUGAGGUUUGUCUUGUACCAUUCUAAUGUGCAGUGACCCUCAUGCCCCGCACUGCUAAACAGUGUUGGCACACUUGCUUGUAGCAAACAAAUUUGAUUUGGUUAUCUUAUCACUAUAGCACUUCUGCGCCACCAUGGUAUUAGCGUGCUAUUUUACUUUGACCUCUAUAGCAUAGCCUUGUGCUUAGCUGUGCUAAGAAACCCCAUGAAUUUAUGCACCUUAAGCCCUGAAGUAUGCAAGAUUUUACCCUGCUCCUCCAAAAAAAGUGCAUUAUUAUAUUAUAUUCCCCCCUCCCCGUUGCCCCUUUCCUCCCAAAGCUUUGAUUGUAUAAUCCCAACAGAAGCACUUAAUGUUGUAUUUAAAUAUAAUGAAAUUUAACGAGCCCCUGUACAGUUAAAUUGAGAGUCUGUGUGGGGUUUCCCCCGCACUUAAGUAAAUCAUGACAUGUAGAACUACAUUUAAAGGUAGAGAUCUAUUUGAGAGACGUCAGAAUGUGAAUGGAGUGGUUUCAGACAAAGAAGCACUUUGUUUUAAAAGAUGUUAAACCACACUGGACAGUCCUCUACCAGGUGAUAGAGUAAUGGAAAAAAACUAACUCCGAGGCACCUUCUGGAGUUGAGGCCAAAAAGAAAAGAAUAUCACCGCUCAGUAAAAGAUGGAGAUGAAUAGUGAGGGUUCAGUUGACUCUGCCAGUUCUGUUGAGACUGGCCUCACACAUUCACUCAUGAACUUUGCAAUGAAGCUGAAAGAACUCUUGACUGUAUUUGUCAAGGAUUCCUGGGAAUCAUUUCAGAUUUCUAAAAAAAAAAUAGUUAUUUCCAAAGUUUAAUAAGGCUUGCUGACGGAGGCAGCCACUGAUAUAUAAAAAGGGGUGUGGCAGCAGUGCCUCUAAAGUACCUCCACCUUCGCGUGGUGAAUGAGCAACUGCUGUCAUGAUGAAAGCCCAACACCAAGAGCUGUUGACCCUGCAGAGCUCUGGUGUGUCACUUUAAACCAGCAGGAAGCACUUCUCUGCCCUGAAGCACCUCAGCCAAAGCUGAGGCUUCAUCGGCUGAAUCACAUGUCACAUGACGGGAGAGGGAGGCCUCAUGGCAGACUGGACUGCCGCUCACAAUCUGAGACUCAUAAGAAACUGAAUUGUUUUAUUAGAGCACUUAUGUUAGUAGUGGAUGAGAUGUGUCCCCCCACAAUAGGUUUCAUCUGAAAAUGGAAACACAAGUUAUGUACUUUUUUACCAAUUACUGGUAGCACAACUGCAGAUGUUAAAGCAGUAGACAGACAAACCUUGCCUGAGUGAUGCUGGCCAUGAACGUUGUAAUCUCUAAACGUACUGAGAGUUUGAAAAGAGCUCAUUAGAAAAAGGCAAGUCAACAAGAAGCACCUUAUUUCCUUACUAUGUUGAUGACUUGUGCUCUAUCAUGUGCCACAAAAUUGACAUGGAAAAAAGCUCUUAUGAAAUGCCGUUUUUGAAGGAAACAAAAACAAAACAUUGACUAUAUACAUGUUAAUGUAGUCGCGUCAGACAUCCCCUCUGUUAUGAACUCUACAUAUAUUACAGUGAAACGCUGACAGUUGACCCAGCCUUGAGUGUAGGACUACACUCAUCACAGGUCUGGGCUGUGCCGCUGUCUCUUACACCAACACCAAAUGAAAUGACAAGUUUCGGACAGGUUAGCCGUUAUUGGGUAGGGAGUAAGCAUACGAGUGAAGUAGGUGUUCAUAGGUUAAGAGUAGGAAACAGCGUCAGGCUUAAAACAGGACUGUAAUACACACCAAGACUAGGCUAGAGAAUAUAGCUCCACUGGCCGAAAUACUAAGUCUAGAUUUACUAGGAGCCAUAUACUUAACUGCUUUCAACUUGACAUUAGUACAAAUAUGUGUAUUGCAACAGUACAUUGCUGGAAGAUGGCUUUUCUGCAGCGAGCAGAGUGUGAUCCGUUAUACGAUGCCCUCUCGUGAUUCGCUUGCCAGAUAACCAUUAUACACACAUGCACACACACACACUCACACAUACAUUAAAACACACCUAUGACAGACAUGUAUUCAGUUGUAUUUGUUACCAGCCACAUUUUCUCUGCUUUUGUACUGAAGUAAUUUUGUGCAGUUCCCUGUGGAGUGGUUGUCAGUUUAUCAGAGAUCAUUUGGUAACACAUUUGACUGACAGAUAGGGUCCCGCACUCACAUGUUUUGCAUGAAAGGAUUAAACAAAAAAAAACAUGUUAGCAGAAAACAUGUUUGCAGUGUCGUCAGGUAGGCACAGAAACAACCAUCUAUACACACGUUAAUACACAUGCACACAGACGCAUUGAUGUUAAACCCUGAGUUACACAGUAGCUAGUAUGGAGAAAAAAAAAGUCAACAAAAACAUGAUGUAGUGUCCCUCCUUUGUCUUUGUCUGCUUUAGUUUGAUAGAUAUUUGAUUGGUGAUUUUUAUGUUUGUUAUCCUAACCUAGCCCCACACACACACAUAUCCCACCCUCCUACGCCAGCCCUACUGCUAUGUCACUUUCUCUUUCCCCUCCACCUCCCCCCAAGCUGUUCAGUUUCCAUUGCCCUCAUAUCUUUCUCAUAGAUGAAUCCACACACAGACACAACCAUACCCACUGACUCUCAUCAACGCAGCUACACACAAAUACAGAUGUUAUACACACAGGUGAACCCCUCCCGCCAACCCCUGUAAUUAAGUUGUCUUUCACUCUGAUCACCUCCCUCUCUGCCUCUCCUUUUAGCCUAUAGGACAGUUACUAUUGGCCAUUUUCCCCCCUCUUUUCUCUUUGGGCUGCCCCACCCCUUAAUCAAUCCAACUAACAGUAAAAGUUAUGUUAACGUUGAUAAUCAGUUUCUAUAUGUAUCUAGCCAGAGUCUGGAAAAAAAUCCGAAAAAAAAUCAAAACCGUUUUAUUCAAUUGUGCAAAUGUGUUUUUCUUACUAUUUUUAAUGUUAUUACAUCUUCUAAUCCUUCUACCAUUGCUUCAGUUAGUACUGAAAUACGCUUAGCCAACCUAGAGAUUUGAACUGUAAUGAUUGCAAUUUUCCUUACCUGUAUUUUAUAUGGCAUCUUUAGACCACUUCACCAUUUAUUCUGUGCGUAAGUAAAUAUUGCCCGUUUUUUCGAAUUGAAAAUCAUUGUCUGCACUAUGUUUGAUUCUCAUAAUAUCCCUGAUCAUGAUUUUUCGGUCAACUCAUUGACAGUUGAAGCUGUGCUCUGCGCCCUUGCACAAAGCAGCAACAAAAUAUCCGAGACCUGAGAACCAAAGUGCACCUAGCAUCCUCCUAUAAAUCCCCCGUAGUACCCCCGCUCAAAACCAACAGUUUGCCCCAAGUAACAAGUUUUCUGAUGAGUGUAUAUGUAUAUAUAUACACACAUAAAAUGACAUUACAGCACAUACAAGUCUGUGACACAACAGUGUUUUUACACUGUGGUUGUUGUGGAGACACAGACAGACGGGGGAAAGGUUUGUUUGUUUGUAGGCAUGGUGGGUGGAUUCGUUGCUCGCUCUUGCGCAGUUGAAAGCUUUUCAUUGACUGAAUUUAUCCCACUGCACACUCGCGUCAGAUCGACAUACACAAGUAGGAACGCAAACUGACAAAUUUGCUUUCAGUCACGCUGGGGUUUUGGCGCCCUCUUUUGCGGUUUUCUUUUAAUAAAAUUGUGCUCUCUCAAACUUGCCUUCCUUAGGCACUGAUUGACAGAGCACACAUAGCUGUACUGAGUCUCUUCAUUCUGUAUGUGGACACGGAGGCUGCUGAAAGUGGCUGAAUUUUCCUCAUUACACAAAUCUGAGACUGGAUGGUCCUUUAUUAAACAUCGCAAAGCUUUUCAUUGUUAAGAGCUGCAUUGAUUAGCUAGUGAAUCAAUGAAUAGAAAUUUAAUUGGUUUCCAGUCUCUUUUUAAAAACAGAAAUCCAAUACGUGAACAUUUUAGUUUUAGUCAUAAACUGAAUCUUUUUUUUAAUAAUUUUAGGAUGGACUAAAUCAUGCAUUUUUAAUUUAUCAACUUGGGCCGCUUGGAGUAAUAAUUGUCAAAUUUGACAUUUCAAAGAUGUCAGUGUCAACUAACAAUCUCAGCUAAAGUGACGGAAGGAAAAUUCACCCUCUUGGUGAGAUAAGAGUUGUCAAGUGGAUAAAAGCACUUUGCCUCUGUGCCUGCAAAAAUGGGAGCAACACUGAAGAGUUCGACAAUAGUGAGAGAACCAACAAUCCCAGAAUAGAGACAAACUAUUAAGUAUUGAAGAAGCUGAACAGUAUUAAUGUCUGUCAUACAGAAUGUGGAAAGGAUUCAUCUGUAUUUUGUACCUGUUCUGAUCUUCUCACAGCAUUUUGUCCAGUUUGAAUAAAGGUCCCUAUUCUGUCUGUCUCUCUCUCUACACUGCCACUCCCCCCCACCACCAGCCCCCCCAACCACCUCUACGGCCAGUCACCGUAAGGGGGGUGUUUGUUUUCUCGUCGAUCAACGCCCACAGCAAAAUGUACCACCCAAACCUUCCUGUGCAGCAAAAAAGGGUUAGAUUUUAUCCAUAAUACUAUUGUCAUAGAAAUAUUAUCAUUAUUGCCGUUAUAAUUAUGGUUGGUAUAAUUUGUUGUCAUUGUUAGCAUUAUGGAAGCACCAGACUGUUUGUGGAAAGAUGAGAAAAAGAAAGCUUUUUGUUUUUAUUUUCUUUAUUAUUUUGAUUUUUUUUAUUUUUUAAAUUUGUCUGGCUGUUGGUGGUCUGCUCUCACAGAGGGAGGGGAGGAAUGGUUCAGAAAGAGACAAAGAUGGCAGUCAUGUUUGUACUGGUUGGGAAAUGACUUACAGUGCUGAAAUAAAAUUUAUUCUUUUAGUAAAAAAAGUA